AUAAAAAACAGACAUGCUCUGCAGCUAACUCAGUUCUUUGCCUCGUCUUCUGGCUCUUUCUUCGUUUUUCUCUUUCUUUGUUAUUUAUUUAUUUUUUAUUUCAAACGCUGUCGUUUGGAGGUUGAGCGUUGCUUGUCAGUAUAAAAUUGAUGUGGUAUAUUAUAGAAAGUUCUAAUUGAGGAAGCGGUUUACGUUUUUAAAGCUGAGAAAUUUUGGAGUCUCUGAGAGUUUAUUUUUAUUUUUUAUUUUUUGGCUGGUCCAACAAAAAAAUAUACUGAUGGUCAUUGGCGUGACUUUCAAGGGCUAUAUUGUUGUUGCCGAAUUGAGCUGCGAUAAAAGCUCGUUUCGUUCAGGCAUGUUUGGAGAAGGUUUUUGAUUUUUAAACUCUGAAUUUCUUUUUAAGGUAUCCAGGUGGGCAUGCAAAGCCAAAAAAAAAAAAAAAAAACAAAUUAAACUGAGGGUUUAUUAGGUUCAUCCAAACAAGAGCAGAGAGCUUUUUAUUUGUUUCUUCAAUGGAUUCGAAUCAAUCGGAAAUGCAAGAACCGAGCAUCGACACCGACAAGCUGAGCUACGAAAUCUUCUCUAUUCUAGAGACGAAGUUUCUGUUCGGCUACGACGACCAGAAGCUUUGGAUCCCCAAGCAGAUCGCUCCCGCAGCCGAGUCCAAGCCGGAAACUCAGCCUCAAGCUCAACCGCAACCGACGAUGGUCGAUAAUGGCGUUUCGGCGAUCAAGAACCAGAGAGGCAAAAUCUGCAUUCUGAGCAUCGACGGAGGAGGUAUGCGAGGUAUUCUCUCAGGUAAAGCCUUGGCCUAUUUGGAACACGCGCUCAAGUUGAAAUCCGGCAAUCCAGACGCCAGAAUCGCCGAUUACUUCGACGUCGCCGCCGGCUCCGGCGUCGGUGGCAUAUUCACCGCGAUGCUCUUCGCUACAAAAGACCAGAACCGUCCGAUUUUCAAGGCGGAGGACACGUGGCGCUUCCUCGCUGAACAAGGCAAGCGAUUUUACCGCCCUUCCUCUGGCUCUAGUUCUAGUACCGGCGGCGGUUUUUUCCGUCGGCUAAUUAGAGGCGGCUCGGCUAGUUCUACCGGUUCAGCUACAGCCGGUUUAGAAAAGGCGGUGAAGGAAGCUUUCGCAGACCAGAACCGGAGUUUAACGCUGAAAGACACGUUGAAACCGGUUUUAAUCCCUUGCUACGACUUGUCCAGUACGGCGCCGUUUCUGUUUUCCAGAGCCGACGCGCUCGAGACAGACAGCUUCGACUUCAGGCUCUGGGAGGUGUGUCGUGCCACGUCAGCAGAACUGGGGGUGUUCGAACCGGUCCAAAUGCGGUCCGUCGACGGUCAAACCAAGUGCGUGGCGGUCGAUGGCGCCUUAGCUAUGAGCAACCCGGCCGGUGCGGCGAUUACGCACGUGCUACAUAACAAACAAGAGUUCCCAUUCGUGCGAGGCGUGGAGGACCUUUUGGUUCUCUCUAUUGGAACGGGUCAGUUGGUGGAGACUAACUAUGAUUAUGAUCAGAUCAAGAAUUGGAGGGCCAAGGAGUGGGCUCGACCCAUGGCUCGGAUCUGUGGGGACGGCUCGGCCGACUUGGUGGACCAGUCCGUAGCCAUGGCCUUUGGUCAGUGUCGAAGUACUAGUUACGUGCGCAUUCAGGCAAAUGGGCUAAGCGAGGGACGAUGUGGGCUUAAUGUGGAUACAGACCCAAGUCCCAGCAAUGUAAAGAUGCUCAUAGGACUAGCAGAGGAGAUGCUAAAGCAGAAGAAUGUUGAAUCAGUGCUCUUUGGAGGCAAGAGGCUUGGAGAGCAAAGUAAUUUCGAGAAGCUUGACUGGUUUGCUGGAGAACUAGUGUUGGAGCAUGAGAGGAGGAGUUGCAGAAUAGCUCCCACUGUAGCUUUCAAACAAGCUACACCAAAACCCAUCUAGUUUACUAUUAGCAAUAUUACAACCAACCAAAAGAAAAGGUGAAAAAUUUAAUUGAAAUUAAAAAAAAAAAAAAUGAUGAAAGGAAGAAGAAAAGUAAUACAAUAGCAGCUUUUACUUUUGGAAGUGAAUAUAGCAAAGCCAAGAAGAGGUCGGGGAAUUGAGUGAAAAGAACAAAAACUGUUAAAAGGGUAGAAGAUCUUAGUGGAUACUUUGCCUACUAUAGGACAGGCAUUGUGGUGUCCACUCCAACUUUCUACAAUGGCAGGCAACCAAGGAAAAAGCAAAAUUUACUUCAAGCUUUUCAAGGUCAAACUAGUCUUAGGUGUGAAUCUUUUGAUUUCAAAUUGAAAAUGUCAGGGUGGGAAAAUUGUUUCCAUAUUUCUUCCCAUACCCUACCAUUACUUUUUUUUUUUUUUUUUCAUCCUAGUCUCAAGAAACUUGAGUUUGGGUGGUGGCUAUGAUGAAAACCCAGAAACAUGGCCAAAGUUCUUAGUCCUACUUUGGUCUUUUUCUAUUUUUGUCAAUUUUUUUUUUCUUCAUUAUAGAUUGUAGUGGUGGAGAAAGAGAUUCGAGAUUGGGUAUCUUUUUUAAGCAGCCGACCAUUUCUCUUGGGAUUGGGAUUGAUGGAUUGACCAAUAUGGCGACUAGUUGUUGUUGGACCCUUUCCAAAACUUUUACAUUUUAAUUUUUUUUUUUUUAAACUUAUUCAACCUUUAUUGUUAUAGGUUUUGUGGGUCUAGUUGAAUUUUCUAUCUUGAAAUGUUCAUUUGAUAUUACAUUAUUGUUAUAAGCUGUAAAUUUCUGUAUGUUAAGAAGUGGUGGAGGUAGUUGAAGUUUGGCUCAA